GCCUAGACAGCCAGAUCAGUGGGAUCUCGGGGGUGAAAGGUCUCACAUCCAAUUGUAAGUGGGUGAGCCCCUGAGUUCAAGUCCCAGGAUUGGCACGUACACACAAAAAGGGCCAACAAGCAGAAUGCUGGCCUAACACGUGUGAAACCCUGUAUUCAGUCCUAGUACCACGAAAAAUGAAUCACAGUGAAUAAUCUGGCACCGCUCAGGGUAAAACCGAGGUGGAAAACUAGGAGCCAAGACCGGGCAGGAAGAGCACCACCGCCUCACCGGAACAGAGACAACUCACAGGCCUUGCUAGGGGAAGGAUGGAAUGACUUCCGGUAUGGAGGACUUCCGGUAUGCGCAGGAGCUUCUGGGAGACAGAAGCACCAGGCAGUGCACGACUUCCGGGAGUUAGCGCGUGGUGGUGGAUGCUCAGUCCACCAGCUUGAGCUGCUCUGAGACUGCGCAUCUCUAUAGUCCUGUGCCAUGGCCUCUCGCUACGACAGGGCAAUCACUGUCUUCUCUCCAGAUGGACAUCUUUUCCAAGUGGAAUAUGCCCAGGAAGCCGUGAAGAAAGGCUCCACAGCGGUUGGAAUUCGAGGAACCAAUAUAGUUGUCCUUGGAGUAGAAAAAAAAUCAGUUGCCAAGCUUCAAGAUGAAAGAACUGUGAGGAAAAUUUGUGCUCUUGAUGACCAUGUUUGCAUGGCCUUUGCAGGACUGACUGCUGAUGCAAGAGUAGUGAUAAACAGAGCCCGGGUGGAAUGCCAGAGCCAUAAGCUUACAGUUGAAGACCCAGUCACUGUAGAAUACAUAACUCGCUUCAUUGCAACUUUAAAGCAGAAAUAUACCCAGAGCAAUGGAAGAAGACCUUUUGGUAUUUCUGCCUUAAUUGUAGGUUUUGAUGAUGACGGCAUCCCAAGAUUGUAUCAGACGGAUCCCUCUGGUACCUAUCAUGCUUGGAAAGCCAAUGCAAUAGGUCGAAGUGCUAAAACUGUUAGAGAAUUUCUAGAAAAGAAUUACACAGAAGAUGCCAUAGCAAAUGACUAUGAAGCUAUCAAGCUAGCAAUAAGAGCUUUGCUAGAAGUUGUCCAGUCUGGUGGAAAAAAUAUUGAACUGGCUAUAAUAAGAAGAAAUCAACCAUUGAAGAUGUUUAGUGCCAAAGAAAUUGAAUUCCAAGUAACUGAAAUAGAAAAAGAAAAGGAAGAAGCAGAGAAGAAAAAAACAAAAAAGAACAUUUAAAAUCUUCAGAUGACCACUAAAAGCUUCUAAUGUUUUGUUGUACUUGUUUAGAAUUACUUAGCAAAAGUUUAGAGGAAAUAAUUUAAAGUGAGCAUAAGCUUAGAUCUUAUAUGCAGUUUUAAAAAUGGCAGGUUUGUGGCUAUCUUUGGUCUGCUACAUAGUCAAGCAUAGGUUCAUGUGAAGACUGUCUUUGAAAGCAUGUUGCUUUUUUUCACAAAAAACUUUAAGUAAAUAUAAAAAUUUAAUUUUAAAAAGUCAUGUUAUGAAGCAACUAGCUAUGAUCAAAUAAACAAUAUGAGUUAUAUUUCUUGGUGAAUGAUAAAAACA